AUGUAUUUUGAAAGGUGCUCUAAUCAAGAACUUGACGAUAAGAGUCAGGAGCAUUUGUCCGAUCUUUCUGAUUUAAUUAAGCUUUUAAAUACGCAUAUUGAAUACGGAUUGGAUGAAAAGUUUGCAAAUAGACUACUUAAUUUAGGCGGUAAAAACAAAGUCACCUUACCAUCAAAAGUUGCUAUAAGCGCGUUAGAAUAUUCCUGGAGUAAAUUUGUAAAAAGAGUUGUAACUGAACCAAAAUGGACGCAGAACCAGUGGGAUACUUUAGUUAACUCGAAAAUCAAAAACAUAUACAAAGUUAUUCGUAAUAAAAAAAUAUGUUAUAUCAGUGGUUGGUGUUUAGUACGAGGGGAUUUAAUAUUGCUUCAAAGAGGAGAUUUUGUGCCUGCAGAUAUUCGUGUUAUCUCUUGUGAUUGUCGUUUAGUUGUAAAUAACCUUAUAGCAACGAAACAUUCUCUAGAGAUUAAAUCGCAUCAAUCAACGAGCAUUAAUUUUUUGAAAACUGAGAACAUUUUGCUGGCAAAUACCCAAAUUGUUAUGGGUAGUUGCAGAGGACUGGUUUUACAAACUGGCAACCGAACUGUUUUUAGCGGAUUAGUAAAGCAAGCUCAAAAUUUUCAAUUCAAAGUUGAACCCAUGGCUGAUCAUGAAAUGUUAGAAACAGAUUUUUUGUUAAACUAA